CGCGCCAUGGGUGGCCGGGCGGAGCCCCUGAGCCCCCUGACCCGCUGGUACAUCUACGCCAUCCACGGCUACUUCUGCGAGGUGAUGUUCACGGCCACCUGGGCCUUCGUGGCCGAGCGGGACUGGAAGUUCCAGGGCGUCACCAGCGUCUGGGCCCUGUUCAUCUACGGCACGUCCAGCCUGGUGCUGGAGCGGAUGUACCUGCUGCUGCGGGGCCGCUGCCCCCUGCUGAGCCGCUGCCUGUGUUACACCCUCUGGAUCUACCUGUGGGAGUUCGCCACCGGCUACCUCCUGCGCCGGUUCGACGCCUGCCCCUGGGACUACAGCCACUUCCGCUACCACCUCAUGGGGCUGGUGACGCUGGAGUACGCCCUCUUCUGGUUCCUGGGCUCCCUGGUGCUGGAGAAGCUGAUCAUCGGGAACACGCUGCGUCUGCGGCUGGAGGGGCCCAGCCCCGCGGCCGCCCCCGCCGGCCGCUUCGCACCCCGCAAGGACGCCUGA